AUGGCAGAACCCAGGGCUGUUCCCUUCCUCAUGCGACUCCUAGUCGCAUGGAUCUCUUUCUAUUACGGCAUCUUCAUGGAUGCCGUCGCCAAGGGGCUAGUCGGCUUGCUGGAGUCCCAAGCCUUCGACGAGGAGAACACGUCUACCGCGACGUCUCACCGCUCCACCAGAAGCGCCGAGCGUGCAAGGAGAGGUAGCUUGAGGCGCCGGCGUUACGGCUUGCUUCUAGAGGACCUGCAGGGUAUGGGAGAUGGCGAGUUUAGGGACAUUUACAGGAUUAACAGGGCUAUUCUCGCUCACGUGGCCGAGGGCAUGAAGCACUACAUGCAGCCGUACGUGGAGCGGUACUACAUUACCCACGAGGUGGCCAACCUUGUGCCGAUCAAGUACCUGGCGAGUGGACUGUCGUACAUAGACCUUUCUCACCUAUUCGGGUUGUCGAAGACAUUGUGCCACGAGCUCGUCGAUGUGUGGCUGAUGCAUUUCGCCACGGUCUUCAAACAACAGUGGGUGCACUUCCCCACCCGCGAUGACCUUGACGAAAUGGCCGAGGAGUUUCGCGCCGUUAAAGGGGUACCUGCGGUAGUGGGGGCCAUUGAUGGGACACACGUACACAUGAAGGGGAUGGAGGGGCACAGACAAGAUUACUGGACACGCAAGUCCGCAUACGCCGUGCAGUUGCAAGUGACGUGCGAUGCACGCGGCAUCAUCUGGGACUUUCUGAUCGGUUACCCUGGGAGCGCACACGACCAACGCGUGUUCAUGGACAGCCUAAUGGAGGAUUGGGAGCAGUGCUUCAACUACUGCCAAAGCGCGACGCGCAUGGCAGUGGAGCGCUGCAUCGGCGCCUUCAAAGGCAGGUGGAGGCUCUUCGCAGGCCGCAACGACUGCACGCUGUGGCGCGUCCUUGCAGGGGCGUCUUGUUGUGUAGUCCUGCACAACAUGUGUGAGACGAUGGGGGACGUGAGGCGUCGCAAUGAGGGAUGGGCCAACUUGCCACGGAACCGGGAUCCAUGGUGGACCCGCGGCGCAGCAGCGGAAUUCAAGUGGGAGCCGGCCGUGCCGUGCAACCAGGCGAAUCUGCGUGAAAGGCGGAAGAGGCUCGGGGAAGCGUUAGAGUCUUCCUACCUUACACGGCGUCGCCGCGAACCCACACUUCCUCAGCCUCGUCCGGGGUAG